GAGUCCGCCGAGGGGUGGGACUGCGCACGUCGCGUGGUCGGUCGGAGCGGCCUGAGGCCCAUGUGGAGCCAUAACCGAAGCAGCCCAACCGCCACUGCCGAGCCAAGAUCGCGGGGUCCUUAGCAGCGAUGAAAGGUAGCCGGAUUGAACUGGGUGAUGUGACACCACACAACAUUAAGCAGCUGAAGCGCUUAAACCAAGUCAUCUUUCCUGUCAGCUACAAUGACAAGUUCUACAAGGAUGUGUUAGAGGUCGGCGAGCUUGCCAAGCUGGCCUAUUUCAAUGAUAUUGCAGUGGGUGCAGUGUGCUGUAGAGUAGAUCAUUCUCUGAAUCAGAAAAGACUGUACAUCAUGACACUUGGAUGUCUGGCCCCUUACCGAAGGUUGGGAAUAGGAACUAAAAUGUUGAAUCAUGUGUUAAACAUCUGUGAAAAAGAUGGCACUUUUGACAAUAUCUAUCUGCAUGUUCAGAUUAGCAAUGAGUCAGCAAUUGACUUCUACAGAAAGUUUGGGUUUGAAAUCAUUGAGACAAAGAAGAACUACUACAAGAGGAUAGAACCAGCAGAUGCUCAUGUGCUGCAGAAAAAUCUGAAAGUCCCUUAUCAUGGCCAGAAUACAGAUGUGCAAAAGUCUGACAACUGAACAAAACCCAAUGAACGCUUUCUUGCACUUUCUUGUCACCAAAUAAGGAAAGAGAGGCCUGGUGUGUGUGUUUUGCUUUUUCCCUUAUCCUAAUAUGUGCUAUAUUCUUUCCAACCAAUUAAUAACUUCCCCCGGUAUUGUCAAACUGUGUGUUUGCCUUUUAUAGCUCUACUUUGCAUUCUUUGGGAAGGAAAUAGUAUGCAGUUCUAGUUGGGGGACCUUUGGUUGGUCUUCCAAAGGUGGAUUUUUCUUCAGUAUGUGUGAUUGCCACGCAUUCCCAUUGAAAGGCAAAGUUUAAGCAAUACCUUGCAUCCAGCCGCCUAAUACCAUACAAAAACUUUUGAAGGCUUUUUGCUCUCUAGCUUUUAACUUAAUUUAGCAGUUUUUUGGCCAUACUUACCUUUUGAACAUGCACAUGCAUCAGUCUUGUAGCUGGAUCACAGCUUUUGAGUUGCCAUUUCUGUAUUGAGACAGAGUGACUGGCAUAAAAAUUCAUCUUGCUGAGCCGUCAGCCUAGUCAGUUUUUUGGCCACCUGAUACCAUAUUCCUUAACUGUGGUAUCAUUGAGGAUUCUGAGUGGUCUGUACUAUCUUCCACUCUUCUCCCAUUAAUUAUAGGAAUUGAACUGGCAACAGAAACCAAUUGGCUUUGGCACAGUGGAGGAACCAGAAAUUUAGGAUGGCUAAAGAAGAUCAAUUGUGACAUUUUUAACAAAAAAGAGAAAAAGAAAGAGAAAGGAGAAGGAAGCUUUGCUUUUGAAAUGGCUCUACUGGAUUGGACUCUGUUUGCUUGCUGAGAUUAUACUAAAAUAGAAGAUGGUUAAAACUAUUUUUCCUACCCUUCUGAAGACUCGGUACAGAUCUGAAAAGGGGGUGAUAUGGAACACCAGAUGGCAGUGGCUUAUUGGGGGAAGUAUUGUGAGGAUUCAAAAAAAUAACUUGCUUUCUCCUAAUAUUGUAAGAACUGUAGCCUUCUUUACUGAGCUCUUGCUUUGUAUUUUGUUACGCUUUUAUUUGCAAUUGCAUUUUGAGCUUCUAGCAUUCAGUAUAACAAAUCCAGCUUACCUUUACAACUCUUCUCCUCAUAUGGGGAAAUGUACCUUAGGGGAAAGGGGAAAGCCUAUCUUAUCACCUCAGUCAAUAUUAAAUUGUAUUUCUAUUUUUGAACCUAAGUUGUAUUUUGCGCUUUUCAGCUUUGAAAAAUCUUUGUGGGGGCAUGGUUACAGUGUAAAUUUGCCAGCAGAUGUUGUAUUUUCACUGCGAUCCUAAAUUGAGAACUGAGGGGAUCGAGACUGAGAAAGCUCAAGCAAUUUGCAUGUUUAUGCAGCCUGUAACUACAGAGGUAUUGGGCAGCACUACAACUUACACCCUUCAUUGUGAGGCUAUCACAAUAUCCUGAAAUGUAUGCCUCAUUACAGACGGGCCAUCUGCAUUGCUGCAUGUUAAUUCUUUUGACCAGAACAAACAUCAAGCUUAUCCUUCAGAAGCCUUGCACUGGAAGACUCGUGUGCUGCUUCUUUGGUUGUGGUUUGCAAAAUGUUAUAUUGUAGUUCUUGAGAAUUUGUCUUCCUUUUACAAAGAUGUUAAAGGACAUCUAAAGCUCAAGUGCCAACUUUGCUUCCCCAUUUAGAUAAGACAAGUAGCAUGAAGGGGAAAGUACUAUAUUAGAGAAUGUAUCUACAGCUCAAAUCAACAUCUGGCCAUACCUGCCUUCUGGUACUAAGGGAAAUGCAUGUCCUCUUUUUUUUUUGGAACUGAAUGAGUGGACACUUGGAAUGGUGUCUCUUAAUCUUCCAAUCACUUGUUUUGCAGGCAGCUUUCCUCUUUAGGUUUCAAGAAAAUCCAAACUGUUUGUUUUGAUUUUUUUAAAAUCACUGUCACUCUGUGAAUGUAUUUCUCAACGUUUCUUGAGAUUCCCAUUGUACAGUAAACCUCCCUUAGUAACUACGUUUUAUAGGAGAUCGAAGGAAAAUAAAUUGGGAAUCAAAGCUCCACUUCAUCACUUACCAGUCAUGUCAGCCAGCAGGUUUUCCUUGCUCAGAAAGCUGACAGGAUUUAAUCCCUAGCUCCUUCAGCUUAAGUAUGCUGAAGUGUCACAUGGUGGAUGUUUUUUCCCUUCUUGGUGUGCUUUGAAAUUUGCCAAUCUUGGUAAAAAAAAAGUUUUGUCUUUUGAAAUAGUUAAGCAGGGGUUGCCUGGAAUGGUUGUUCUUAAUAUUUUGUGUGGUAUUAUCAUGACUUUCCAGCCUCUGGCGAUUCAGCAUAUGUACAACUAUGUUAAUUUGUUGAGAAGUUCUGUUAAAUUAUUAUUGGCACUCCUUGUGUAGAAGUUCACAAGGAGCUUGUAUAUUCAAUAAUUUACAUAGCCAAUAUAGCAGGACAAAUGUAGAGGCCCCACACAAUAGGCUUUCUCAUCAGAUAGCAAAACUACACAACUGCUGAAUUUCAUAAGAAACUUUUCAGUAUUUAGGUGGUCAUGAUAUGCAACUAGAAGGAAAGGAAAACCCAGGACACAUCCUUUACUUGGCAGGGAAGGGGGGAAUAUUUUUGUAUACACAAAGUAGCUGGGAUUACUUGAUUCAGUUAAUGGUUAAAUAUGUCCAUUAAAGAUGACAUACUGUUACAGCUGAAAUAAAUUCUAGUUACGUUUUCAUUAAUGUUUCCUGUUGCCCUGUGAUGUCUAAUAGAUUUUGAACUGAACAAAAAAUAAGAGAUCCUGUGCUUCUGGGUUGGCAACUUAUGUGUUAAUUCGAUUUUGGCUGAUCUGCAGGAUGUAUGUAAAAUGACUCCUUAUCCCAGUGCCUUGAUUAGUGUAAAUGUUUUGAAUGUGUUAAUGCAUACAGAGCAAUGAGUUCACCCGCUGAUAAGAUCAUGUGUGUCAUUUGAGUCAUUGAAAAGGACCUUGGAAGAAACCUGCUAUCUUACCCUUGGCAUAACUGAAAAUGCCUUUAUCCAAGAAAUAAAACAUUCUCCUGAUCUAAGCAUUUCUGCUCAAAGCAGGAUAGUGGUCUGAAAUAGCUGUAACUUUGGUGCCAAUUUUUCAUGUGAUGUGGCAUGGUUGUUAACUGAGUAAAUUUGACGAUAAAAUGCCUUGGAGAUUAUGUGAAACCAUGGCUUGGCUACACUGUUGUAGCCUCUGUCCUCCCUGGCAUUCUGCACCCUAAUUCCAUUGUGAUUUACCUUGUCACUGGUGAGAGACUUUUUGUUUGUGAGUCUGCAGUGUGUAAACACAGCAACCUUGAAGGAGCCUGCAGCUCUGUCAGGUGCCUUCAUUCCACCCUGCUUUUGCACGUCUACACCAGAGUUUCUCAAAGUCUUCUGAAGAAUCGUCCAACAGUUUCAGUUGAAGCAGGCAGUGCUUUUUUCCUUCCAUCUUGUACAAUCCAUUAAAAUCUAUUUUGUAAAAAUUA